AUGUCUACGGGCUCGCAGCCGCGUUCGUCGACCUUGGCUUCCGACUCGGUUAGCAUGGGUCUCCAAGAGAACUCUCCUCACUACAUUGCGUCCCCCGAGGGCGAGGGUAUGGGCGCUGUCCAGGCCACCCCUUUCGCUGCCCUGAACCAGGGUGGACUUCCUCUUCCAGCCCGCGUUCAUAGCAGCAACCGCUUCGGACUGCGUCCGCCCCCGCCAAGCCAGAGCGGCCAGCAAAACUUCCUCCCGCUGCUCGACCUGCCCGCUGUCAAUGUCCGCCUGAUUGAGUCUCCGACCACUGCCCCUGAGAACACGCCCGUGCCCAGCACCGGAGCUUCGGACAGGGCCGUCCCUCAGCAGAACCUGCCUUCGAUUGAGGAGGUCCUCCAGCGCCUUCCCGACUUGUCUAGCGAUGUGAGUUCUGCCACCACUACAACCCUGGCCGACCCAGGCCCCCUUCUUGACGAUGAGGAAGUUCUCUUGAACUCCAGUCCGAUCCUCCUCUCCAGCCCUACUCUCAACAGCAGAUCUUCAACUCCACUUUCACAGCACGGUGUCAGAGAGCAUACUGACUGGCAGGAGGAUAUCGAGGCGGAUCUUGACCGCGCUCUGGCCCGCUUGGCGAAUCUUGCCCGGGAUGACCACGAGCAGGAUCGCAGCAUGUCAGUUGAGGAGCACUACACGCGCCGCCUUGACAGGGCCAUUGAACGUCAACGCACGCGCUACACAUAUCUUCAACGUGCAAAGUCGACUAUCACGACUCUUCUGAUCCACCGCGCCAAGCUUCGUUCGCUUCUGGAGGCCAUCGCGUCCGAAGUUCUCCACAACAACACGGAAGUUGUUGAGAUUGUCGCUGAGUUGAUUGCUGAGCUCGACCACGAAGACAUUUAG